UCGAAUCAGGGCUUUGCGGAAAGAAGAUAAGGUUGAAAGCUUACAUCGGAAUAUUAUUGUGAUGUUGCGGGCAAUGCUAGGCGAGCACAAUGUGCUAGCAAAGUCAUUUCGAAUUGCUAGGGACAAAUUAAUUGAGGUAGGUGAUGACUCUUUUGCUUUGAGACGAAUAGGCCACAGAAACUCUGUUUCAUGAAGAUAUAAUCUACCAUCGGUUGAAGAAGUUGCUUCAUUAGUAGUGGGUGAUUUUCAUCAAACCAUGGGAGAAAGGGACAUUGUGGUUAAAACGUGAGAAGAUGUUGAAGAAUUUAAUGUUGGAUGACGAAGGAGUGUUAGCAUCAAAGAAUUUAUUUCAUAUCGAUUUCAUGAACGGGGAGAUGAAAACCCCUUCAUACUGCACUCACGCAGACUUUUUCAAGAAAUAUAUGUGGAUGGAGGUUAUCAUGAUGGAUCAAAUGACACUGCAAACACUAAUCAUGGUUCAAAACAUGAUUUACAAGUAUCAGGUUGCCAAUUAGAAAGAGAUACUAUCUUAAAAAACAAAAGAAAAAAGUGAAAAGUGGUUUACAACAAGUUGCGACCAUACAGUUGCAGUCAUCAACCACUAAAAAGGUAACUGUGGGUGAACAACGUAAGGAGUCUCAUGAUUCUCAGUCAGUUCCCAAGAAUAGCGGUUUUUCCUCUACUCUUUUCCAACAACAAAAAAGUCUGACUAGUUCCCCAUCGUUUGGUGGCAAUCAAGUAAAUGAAAAGGAAUGAACAAGCUGGGAGAUAGUAGAAAUGUUUCAUCUACUCCAACGUUUGCUGAUGGAUGUAAUGUGGAAAAAGGUCAAGAAAACCUUAAGAAUCUGCCACCAAAAAAUAAGGAUCCAGUCCAACUGUCCCGUGCUCAAGUAGAGUUUUUGGUGGAUACAAUGCUUAAAAAAAACCCUCUCGAAGUGCAAAAAUAUCGAUCUCCAACAAAAAGAGAACUUAUUGUAGGCUUCUUUCAGGGACUGGCUAUUGGUUUAUGUAAGAAUAAGGCAAUACCAGAUUUGAUAGAUACCGUUCUUCGAGAAAAGUUGGAAAAAGCCAUACAUAUACCGAGCAAAGAUACGUGCACAAAAAAACCAAGUGAAGGUGGUUUUUUCUAGAAGAUAGCAGAUCAAAAGACAAGGAUUUUUAAGCGAUGAUGUGUUGAAACAAAGUCUGACGAUAGGCUGAUUUCUGCAUUCCAUCUAUACAUAAAUAUGGUUGAUAUGG